CCGGGCGCAAAACGCUCCACGCCUCGCCCGAGCCAAAGCGGCGCCCGGCACUCGUCCAGCUCCGUUGAACUUGGGUGUGGUCCGCGGACAUGGCGCCGGGGCCCGCCCUGGGCCUCCUCGCACCCAGACUUCCCCGCGCCCGGCCCCGCCCUGAGCCCGCGCGCCGUGCCCUCCUCGCGGCCACCAGAGACAGCCUCACUAUGAGCGGGGAACUGAUCAAGAAGUAUGUGGCAGCCAUGGUGCUGAGUGCAGCUGGAGAUGCCUUGGGGUACUUCAACGGGAAGUGGGAGUUCCUCCGGAAUGGGGAAAAGAUUCACAGGCAGCUGGCCCAGCUUGGCGGCUUGGAUGCCAUAGAUGUGGAGAGGUGGAGAGUCAGUGAUGACACGGUGAUGCACCUGGCCACGGCAGACGCUCUCCUGGAAGCCGGCAAAGUCUCGGACUUGACUCACCUGUAUUCCAUCCUUGCUAAGCAUUACCAAGACUGCAUGGGAGACAUGAAAGGCCGGGCACCAGGGGGUGCCUCAAUGCAGAAUGCCAUGCUGCUGGAGCCAGACAAAGCCGAUGGCUGGAGGAUUCCCUUUAACAGCCAUGAGGGUGGCUGCGGGGCUGCCGUGCGGGCCAUGUGCAUCGGUCUCCGGUUCCCUCACCACAGCCAGCUGGACACCCUGAUCCAGGUGAGCGUCGAGAGUGGCCGGAUGACCCACCACCAUCCCACAGGCUUCCUGGGAGCCCUUGUGUCUGCUCUCUUUACAGCCUAUGCUGUGAACGGCAAGCCUCCCCAGCAGUGGGGAAAAGGACUGAUGGAGGUGCUACCAGAAGCUAAAAAGUACAUUGUCCAAUCAGGCUACUUCGUGGAGCAGAAUCUUCAACACUGGGGUUGGCUUCACCCCAGCUCUGAGACUUCCAGCUCAACGAUGGCCCCAGACCCCUGGGAGGGCUGCUUCUGGUCAUGGGGGCUCCUUCUGUGGCUCAGUGUUGGAAGUACAGGAGAUGCACCUCCUACCCCACAGACAAAGUGCACUGACUUCCAGAAUGCUAAUAUUCUCCAAGGCACCAAUCUCAAAGCCCAGUUUCUCCUCUUCACCCCUUCUGAUCCUCGCUGUGGGCAGCUCGUGGAAGAAAGUAGUGACAUCAGGAACUCGGGGUUCAAUGCCACUCUGGGAACCAAGCUAAUUAUCCAUGGAUUCAGGGCUUUAGGAACAAAGCCUUCCUGGAUUGAUAAAUUCAUCAGUACCCUUCUGCAGGCAACAGAUGCUAACGUGAUCGCUGUGGACUGGGUUUAUGGCUCUACAGGUGUCUACUUCUCAGCCGUGGAAAAUGUGGUUAAGCUGGGACUCGAGAUCUCCCGUUUCCUCAGUAAACUCCUGGUGCUGGGUGUGUCAAAGUCCUCAAUCCACAUCAUUGGUGUCAGCCUGGGGGCCCACGUGGGGGGCAUGGUAGGUCAUUUCUACAAAGGCCAGCUGGGACAGAUCACAGGCCUGGACCCUGCUGGACCGGAGUACACAAGAGCCAGCCUGGAGGAGCGCCUGGACCCUGGAGACGCCCUCUUUGUGGAAGCCAUCCACACAGACACUGACAAUUUGGGUAUUCGGAUUCCUGUUGGACAUGUGGACUACUACGUCAACGGAGGCCAAGACCAACCCGGCUGUCCCACCUCCAUUUAUGCAGGCUACAGUUAUCUGAUCUGUGAUCACAUGAGGGCUGUGCACCUCUACAUCAGCGCCCUGGAGAAUUCCUGUCCAUUGAUGGCCUUUCCUUGUACCAGCUACAAGGUCUUCCUUGCUGGACACUGUCUGGACUGUUUCAACCCUUUUCUGCUUUCCUGUCCAAGGAUCGGGCUGGUGGAACAAGGUGGUGUUAAGAUAGAGCCACUUCCCAAGGAAGUGAAGGUCUACCUCCUGACCACUUCCACGGCUCCAUAUUGUGUGCAUCACAGCCUCGUGGAGUUUUACUUGCUGGAGCUGAGAAACCAGGACACCUGCAUCACGGUCACAUUCCUUAGCAGUAGUGUCACCUCCUCGGUCAAGAUCACCAUACCUAGACAGCAACGCCACGGAAAAGGAAUCAUAGCUCACCCCAGCCCUCAGUGCCAGAUAAAGCAGGUGAAACUCACGUUUCAGACUUCCCACCGCUGGAAAAAAGAACGGACUAUCAUUAUCGGGAAGUUCUGCACUGCUCCUUUGCCCAUCAAUGACAACCUCCACUGGUCACAGUUAUGGGUGUGGAUCCAGAAUCCCUGUCCCCUUUACCCCACCUCUAGCAGGCAUUUAGAGUAUUAGUCUUACCACACCUGGCCCUCAGAGGACAGGAUUGGGCUCAUUGUAAUCCAAGAGCAAUCAUCCCAUAGACGAUUGUAGAAUUCUUUCACCUGACAUCACGGAAACACAGGUGCAUGCAACUCUGAGCCCUCUCUCCCGACCAACCAGGAACCUGCCCUGAGGACACACCCUCUUGUUGCUCUUC